UGGCCUCCCGCCCCUCGCUGCCGCUUAUUAGCCCGGCCCGCUGAGGAGGCGCUCUCACUGCCCCUGCCUCCCGCCCGCUGUUGCGCAGCGCGUCCUCUCGCUCCAUGGCGUUCCUCGUGCGGCUGCUGCCCCUCGCCCUGGCGCUGGCCCUGGGCCCUGCCGCCACCUUGGCGGGCCCCGCCAAAUCGCCUUACCAGCUGGUGCUGCAGCACAGCCGGCUCCGGGGCCGGCACCACGGCCCCAACGUGUGUGCUGUACAGAAGGUCAUUGGCACCAACAAGAAGUACUUCACCAACUGCAAGCAGUGGUACCAGAGGAAAAUCUGUGGUAAAUCAACAGUCAUCAGCUACGAGUGCUGUCCUGGGUAUGAAAAGGUCCCGGGAGAGAAGGGCUGUCCAGCAGGAGGAUGGAAGCUGGAAACCGAGUUUCCUGUACUGCCCCUUCCUAUUCAAGCAGACCUCCUUGACAAGCUGAGCCUAUGCAUUGAGAACAGCUGUAUUGCCGCCCACGACAAGAGGGGCAGGUAUGGGACCCUGUUCACCAUGGACCGGAUUCUGACCCCUCCAAUGGGGACUGUCAUGGAUGUCCUGAAGGGAGACAAUCGCUUCAGUGAUGAGGAGGUGCUGGACUCUCUGGUGAGCAAUGUCAACAUCGAGCUGCUCAAUGCGCUCCGCUACCACAUGGUGAACAGACGGGUCCUCACAGACGAGCUGAAACACGGCAUGGCCCUCACCUCCAUGUACCAGAACUCGGACAUCCAGAUUCACCACUAUCCCAAUGGGAUCGUGACCGUCAACUGCGCCCGACUGCUCAAAGCUGAUCACCAUGCGACCAACGGUGUGGUACACCUCAUCGACAAGGUCAUCUCCACGACCACCAACAGCAUCCAGCAGAUCAUUGAGAUCGAGGACACCUUCGAGACCCUUCGGGCUGCCGUGGCUGCGUCCGGGCUCAACACCCUGCUUGAAGGCGAUGGCCAGUUCACGCUGCUAGCCCCCACCAAUGAGGCCUUUGAGAAGAUCCCUGCCGAGACCUUGAACCGGAUCCUGGGUGACCCAGAGGCCCUGAGAGACCUGCUGAACAACCACAUCCUGAAGUCGGCCAUGUGUGCAGAAGCCAUCGUCGCAGGGCUGUCUGUGGAGACCCUGCAGGGCACUACGCUGGAGGUGGGCUGCAGCGGGGACAUGCUCACCAUCAAUGGAAAGGCCAUCAUCUCCAAUAAAGACAUCCUGGCCACCAAUGGUGUGAUGCACUUCAUUGAUGAGCUGCUCAUCCCAGACUCAGCCAAGACGCUAUUUGAGUUGGCCGCAGAGUCCGAUGUUUCCACCGCCAUUGACCUUUUCAAACAAGCGGGCCUCAGCACUCAUCUCUCUGGAAACGAGAGGCUAACGCUCCUGGCCCCCCUGAAUUCUGUCUUCAAAGAUGGAACCCCUCACAUUGAUGCCCGGACCAAGAAUUUGCUUAUGAAUCACAUGAUUAAAGACCAGCUGGCCUCCAAGUACCUGUACCACGGACAGACCCUGGACACUCUGGGCGGCAAGAAACUGAGAGUUUUUGUUUAUCGUAAUAGAUGGUGGGACAGAGGGCUGAGCACACAGUGGGUGCUCCGUGAGUGUUUAUCAGCUGGGCAGGGAGGUCUCCCUCUCAGGGAUGACCACUUGCAUCUUCUCCUCGGGGCCUUCCUGGACCAGGCCAGUUACCAGCGUGGGGAUGAACUCUGCUUUCUUUCCCACAAACCCGCAGGCAAUGCCAAGGAGCUUGCCAACCUCCUGAAAUACCACAUUGGCGAUGAGAUCCUGGUGAGCGGAGGCAUCGGGGCCCUCGUGCGGCUGAAGUCUCUCCAGGGCGACAAGCUGGAAGUCAGCUCGAAAAACAACGCAGUCUGUGUCAAUAAGGAGCCUGUCGAUGAAGCUGACAUCAUGGCCACAAAUGGCGUGGUCUAUGCCAUCCCCAGUGUCCUGCAGCCUCCAGCCCACAGACCUCAGGAACGAGGGGAUGAACUUGCAGAUUCUGCACUUGAAAUCUUCAAACAGGCAUCUGCAUUUUCCAGGGCUACACAGACCUCUGUGAAACUAGCCCCUGUCUACCAGCGGUUAUUAGAGAGGAUGAAGCAUUAGUGCGAAGAACCGUAGGAGAGAUGCACUUCUGCAGCUCCUCGCCAGUUUCUCUCCGUUUGCCAAAGAGACUGAAUGUUUUUGAAACCAAAUAUAACGCUUCACCAUACAUGGGCUGCACCACAAUGAGAUCUGAGCCUUGGGCAGGUUGGGGGAGGAGGGAGAGAGAUGUGCUUUGAAUUUUGGGUCCCCCUAAACGUGGCUGUAAACCCACUACAUGCAGAGACCUGGAUGUCACUGCCCGACAUUCACUUCCAGAAAGGACCUCUCCCAAACACGGAAUUUCCUGCCUGUGCCAAGAGCUCCGGGAAAGGGAGCCGAAGUUGGUGGAGCUCCCAAAACAUGAAUCAAGCAGUCCGGCAUCAUGGGGCGUCCUGGCACGGUUUUCGUAAAGCUCUUUCACAGCUGGAGAAAUGGUGUCAUUAUAAGCUAUGAGUGGAACUGCUCUGUCAAAGGUGUCUUAAGCCUCCAUAAGGCUUGGACACUUCUGUGUGGCCCUGUCCAGGUAGAUGAGAGAGGGUAAGUAGAGCGUGCAGAGCCCAGGAUGGCCCGGGUGCAGCAGAGCCAUGGUGUGUUUGUAAUAAUAAAACCAAAGAAACAUAA